AUGGAGUUCAUCGCUGCUGGUGCAUCUUGGGCGUUGGGCAAGGCACCUUCGCCGCAGAAAAUUCUCGGUCGCCUUGGUCUCGCAUCACUCGUCGCGCAGAAUUCAUGGCCUGAAUUAUCCUCGAAGCUCUCACCACAAGCGUCAAUCGUCUUACCCCAUGACUCGUCGUUUGGUGGUCUUGUUAGUAGGUGGCGAGACUGGCAUGGGCCGCAGCCUGGUGCCGUCGUGAGGACUUUCUCCGAGAGUGACGUGCAAGAAACUAUUAGAUUCGCAAAUGGCCAUGGAAUUCCGUUCCUUGCGAGAUCUGGUGGCCAUGGAGCAACUGAAGCACUGCAGCUAGCCAAGGAUGUCAUUGUUGUGGACAUGCGGGAUCAAAAUGUUAUUGACAUUGCGGAUGACGGAAAGUCUGCGAGGAUAGGUGGAGGCGCCAGUGUGAAGAAAGUAGUAAAUGAGCUCUGGGCAGCUGGAAAGCAAACAGUCACCGGCAUCUGCGAAUGCGUCGGCGUUUCAGCGCCCGUCCUUGGUGGCGGUCACGGCUGGUUACAAGGCCAAUACGGCCUCGCAUCAGACCAAGUCAUUUCAGCACGAGUUGUACUCCCCAAUGGAGACGCAGUGACGGCCUCGGAGGACUCAAACCCCGAUUUGUUCUGGGCUCUUCGUGGAGCAGGGCAUAACUUUGGCAUCGUGACGGAAUGGCAGUACCGAAUCUACGACAUCAACAAUCCCAAGUGGUCUUAUGAGAUUUUCGUCUUUCUUGGGGAUAAACUUGAGGAUGUUCUGGAGUUGACGAAUAAGAUGAUGAAGACUCAACCGCCGCAUUUGACUCACUGGAUCUACAUCGUCAACAUUCCUGAAAUUGACCCAGAUAAGCCAAUCAUCUGGUACGCCGUCAUCUCAGAUGGCGCUGUCCAAGAAGCGCGAGACUAUGCGAAACCACUACACGACCUCGGUCCUCUCAACGUCGACGCCGGCGAAGCUUCAAUGCCUGAGUUAGCCACCAUCACCCUCAUGGGUGACGAUUCUGUCGGAUGCGCAAAGGGCUUCACCGGUCUUCGAUACCCAAUUGGUCUCAAGACAUACGAUCUCGUCGCCGUGCGCAAAGUCUUCAAUGAAAUCGCUGACAUGUCGAAGCGUGUUCCCGAGUUCGCUGGUUCAUUCUUUCUUCUUGAAGGGUAUUCUACACAUGGCGUCAAGGCAGUUGAUGCGAAAAACUCCGCAUUUCCUCACCGCGAUGAUGAGAUUCUUGUUACGCCUUACAUCCUCUACAAACCUAACGCGACGCUUGAUGGACUUGCGCAGGAGCAUGGUGAGAAAUUGAGGAGGCAUUUGUUAGAGGCUAGUGGGGACCCCGAGCAUUUACGUGCAUACGUUAACUACGCUCAUGGCUUUGAGUCUCUGGAAGAGAUGUACGGCCAUGAGCCCUGGAGGAUCGAAAAGCUCAAGACACUCAAAAAGAACAACAGCCUGUUCGAGCAACGUUAUCGUGUAGCUCCUGUCGACAACGAAAGUACGCCGCCUUUUCUUGGCGCCGAUGACGAUGCUGACGAGAUCUCCAGACUGAAAUGUGACCGCGAUGAGCCAUGUAGCAAUUGUGUUGCGAGAAAUGUCUCGUGUCAAUAUGCGCCUUGGCCACGAGGUCGCGUUGCUGCUCAGAGACGGGAUAGCAGACAUAAUGAUCUGAGUGAUCGUGUUCGACAUCUUGAGCAACUUCUUGGCUCCAUGGUUCAACAGAUGCCCGCCCAGCAGGGGACGUCUAAUGGUUCGCCUAGUAUCAAGAGCCCGGCGAGUACUUUUGUUACCACUCAAGGAUCUCAUCAAGGGUCGCAUCAGUCUUCUCAUGUGGAGGGCUCAGAGGUCAAGCCUGGGAGAAUGAUGGCGAAUCCCAAUGAGACGAUUUAUGUUUCUAGCAGUCACUGGUCUGCUAUCUGUCAUGAGGUUGAGCAUAUUCGCGAACAUCUGGAGGAAAGCCAUGAAGCGAGUGACUUGGGCAUAGUGGAUCAAGCUCAAAGCCAAGUACCGCUGCUUCUGGGGCCAGGAAGAUUAGCCCCAACUCUUGAAGAGAUUCUGGCGGACGUUCCCCCGAAGCACAUCACAGAUAGACUUGUGUCUCGAUACUUCACGUCGACUGAGCCGUCGAUCAUGAUCACCCAUUCAGGAGAGUUUGAAGGCGAGUACAAACGCUUCUGGAACGACCCCAACUCUGUCUCCGUCCAAUGGGUCGGCAUGUUCUUCGGCAUUCUAGCCACCGGAACAUUCCUGUACAUUCGAUCGCAAGACGAGCUCCCUGAAGGAAUGGGAUCAGCUCUUGAGGUCGCAGAGUCCUUCCAGCAGAGGUGCACAGACUGUCUUCUUCUUUCCAAGUACUCCACGGCUCCUGGUAAGUAUACUUUGGAGACACUCCUAUUCAAUAUCCACGGUGAAUUCGUCCGUCGUCGAGAUGCUCACUUGGGUGUCUGGAUCCUUACCGGUAUUGCUAUUCGUUUGGCUAUGCGAAUGGGCUACCAUCGUGAUCCAGAUAACUACCCUCGGAUCUCGCCUUUUCACGGCGAGAUGCGCCGUCGAGUAUGGGGUGUUUUCCAGCAACUUGAUAUCCUGACCUCUUGCCAACUGGGCUUGCCAUCACUCAUUCAAGAGUCUCAGUGCGAUACUCGCCUGCCGCGUAACAUCAACGACGAGGACUUUGGCCCUGAGUCAACACAGCUUCCUCCCCCGAGACCCGAGACGGAGGGUACCGAUAUAUUAUAUACCCGCGUCAAAGUUAGGAUGAUGUCCAUCUUUCGCACAAUCUUCAACCAGGUGUCGCUCGGGAAAACAGAAGAUUAUAACGAGAUCAUGGCUCUUGAUCAAAAGCUUCAUCAGAUGCGUCAGUCCAUGCCGACUUGCUAUAAGAUAGCCAGGCUGGAAGAUUGCUUCAUGGUUCCACCGUACCUCCUCAUUCGACGAUAUAACCUUGAACUACUCUUCCAAAAAGCAAGAUGUACACUGCACCGCCAUCAUAUGACCAAGGCAUACCAGGACCCUAAGUAUAACUACUCCAGAACGGCUUGCGUUGACUCAGCAAUGACUGUGCUGGGGCACCAGGCUAGUAUAUUGAAAGAGGUCCAGGUCGGUGGACUGCUGUACAACGACAGAUGGUUUCUCACUUCUCUCGAGAGACAUGACUUCUCGCUAGCAUCCAUGGUAGUUUGCGUCGAGCUUGGAGUGCCACCUGAGCAGCAGAAUCCAGAACUCGUGGGAUAUACUCGUGAGACGAUGAUCGAGGCGCUUCAAACCUCGCAAGCUUUUUGGGCGGCUAUCAAAGCUGUUUCUGCUGAGGCCAAGCAGGCGUAUGAUAUGCUCACUGUGAUGCUGAAAGCUGUCACGACUUGUUCAAAAGACGAGGCGAAGCUACCAGCUGAGAAUGCGGAGAAAGCGCCGGCUCAGAACGGCAACGGUAAUGUGAACAUGAGUGGGCAUUCUGAUUCGAACGAGACGCCAUUCUCAACUGAGUUCCAAGGCAUCGAGGCUAUGCUGAACAGCUCGGAUGGCGUCGACUGGGUACCCGUCAAUAUGCCUGCUCAAUUAGUCAUCUUCGACUUUGAUGGGACUCUUUUUGAUACCCAUCAAGCCAUUUCUCACAGCAUCAAGCUCACCUUCGACUCGCUGCUCCCAGACUCAGCUCCGGCAGAGUCUGAAGUGCAGAAGUUGAUCGGUUCUGGAUUGGGCCUCAAGGAAGUUCUCAAAGAACUACAUACUUCUCCCGAUUUUUUCGAUGAGGGUGAAUGGACGUCAACAUAUCGUCGCUUCUACAACGAUGAGGGUCAGAAACUCGUAUCGGCAUUUCAUGGUGCCCAGGAACUAUUGAAGAAGUUGGCUGAAAGAGACAUUCCUGUCGCCAUUAUCAGUAACAAAGGAGUGGCCGCAGUCGACGCGGCCCUGAACAACAACGACAUCGACACCAUCCCCAAAGAUUUGAUCGUCGGAGAUAACACUCCGGGCGCAACGAGGAAGCCUGACCCCGGAAGCUUCGAGAAUGUUCUGCUCCCAGCCUUGACAGCUCGUGGGCUCACAGACAUUGACGUCUCGAAAACUUUAGUCGUUGGGGACACGGAGGCAGAUGUGAAAUUUGCUGCCAACAUUGGAGCAAAGUCUGUUUGGUGCAGAUAUGGAUAUGGGGAUAAGCACGCAUGUGAGAAGUUGAAGCCUCAAUUCACGGUGGGCUCACUGGAUGAGGUGGUAGGACUUGUUGACAGGAUUUGA